AUGGACAUGCUCAACGAGUACGGCGACAGGUACAGCGGAGAACUAGAGGAUGGAUCAGCCCCCUUGGACGAGGGCGCUGUGCGCGAUCUACCAUCGCUGGGCGACCAGCGGCACUCAGCGAACCAUGCUAGCCUUGAGGGCCCCGGCGGUCUCGACGAUACCGCCUCGCAGACCAAUCCCGCGCAAAACGACCCCGGCAGCAGCGACAACCACGAUGGGCGCGGCGUUGAUGCUGAUGCCUCGCAAACUGUAGCCCAAAAUUCUGCUCGUGCUGCGGAGGUGGAGUACAAGGCGUUUCUGGACGAGGGCGACUCAUCGCUUCUCCAGCUGAGGUCGACCGAAGCACAUGGCGGUGUAUGUGCCCUUACGUUCUCUCCGUGCCUGACCCGCGUUGCCGCCGGGUUCGAGGACGGGGUAGUCUUGGUCUGGAACGCCACGAGCCGCCACCAGGAGCGCCAGCUGCUUGGACACGAGGACUCGAUCUGUUCGCUGGUAUUCUCACCAGACGGUGCGGUGCUGGUGUCUGGCUCUCGCGACAGCCACAUCGUCGUCUGGAAUGCAGUCAGCGGAGACGAGGUGUCUCGUCUCAAGGGCCACGACGGCUUCGUCUGCGCCCUCGCAUUCUCGCCCGACGGCCGGCGGCUCGCCUCCGCGUCUGUCGACUUCACCGUGCGGCUGUGGGACUGGGCGUCUGCAGAGCUGCUCGCGACAUCUGUAAAUCACGACGCCAUGGUCAUGUCCGUGGCAUUCUCCCCUGAUGGCACGCGCAUCGCAUCUGCCAGCGCCGACUGCUGUGCGAGGAUCUUCGACGCACGGACCCUGGACGUCCUCGCGGUCCUGGACGAGCACGAGGCGGUCGUCUACGCCAUCGCAUUCUCUCCCGACGGCGAGCGCGUCGUCACGUCGUCGGACGACGAGUCGAUCAAGAUCUGGAACGGCCGUACGGGGGUUAACUACCUGACUAUCCGCGCCCACGAAGGCGGGUCCGUGUGGGAGUCGGUGUUCUCUGCCGACGGGCGGCGCGUCAUGUCCGUCGGGAGCGACGGCGCGGUGAAGAUAUGGGGCUCGCACGACGGGGAGUCCGUCGACGCGAUCAGCCGUGCAGAUGAGGUUGUGAAUGCGCCGACGUUCUCCCCCGACGGCCGGUUCGCUGCGGCCGGCACGAAGGACAACAUGGUAUGUGUCUGGGACACGGCGACAUGCAAGCAGGUGGGCUGCUUCGAUGGACACACAGACAGUGUGACGCGGUUGCGGCUGUCUCGCGACGGCUCGCGGAUCGUGUCCGCGUCGGAUGAUGGGACCGUUCGCAUUCACACUGUGGGGAGCCGCGGGGCGCAUUGA